AUUGUGGGAGCUACAGCUGAGACCGGGCUUGUGUAGCAAAAGGAACACACACACUAACAUACGAAUCAUACAAGCAAUUCCUUAGCGACAUGGACUGUCGCGCAGCCGGUUUGCCUGGCACUCCCAGCACUACCACGAGCACAUUCGAAACCUUGACGGAGGAACUAAAUAUUGAGGAACAGUCCCAACUGAACCUGGACGAUAUCUAUGACCAACUGGAGCAGAUGAAGCAGCGUGCCUUGCAGCUUCGCAAAAUCCUGGUACGCGAACAGCCAGCGGCGGCCGAGUAUGCGAAAUGCCUUAAUGAUAUCGAAUUAAAUGGCUCCCAAAAUGUCGCUUUGCAUCAGGUGCAGCUACAAACAGUUAAAAUAGUUGGUCAGGUGAUAAAACUAUCGCUACGACUGAACAGCGAGGGUAAACAUCUUAAGAACCUGGAUUGCGACUUACAGCAUCACAAAAAACAGAAGCAAACGCUGGAAACAAAAAUCGAAGAGUUGCACAAAUGGCCGAGCCAACAGCAGCAUCGGGCGGGGUUGUGCCUGGAGCGUUACAACGAUCUCCGCAUUAGGUGCUGUUCAGUCGCAGAUUAUCGUCGCUUUAUGGCGGACCUGUACACAGCCUACAAAAAUAGCUACAAAAUAGUAAUGCCCCUCAAAUGCUAUAAGGCAAACCGGGUGGACAUUGACAAGCGAUUGAAGAAGGCCCGCAAAAUGUUGACUGACUCCUCGCAGACGCUGUUGCAACACAACAACGAAUUGGAACAAAUGUUGCAUAAUUAUAUCGAAAUAGCUGGCAUCAUUCGUUUACCCAGAACAACGUGCUACUCGCAAUUCGGCAGUUUGCUGCUCGUAUAUCAUGAUGCCAAUGAUGCGGAUAUAAAGAAACAAAAUUCUUUAAAUUAACCUAUUAUAUUUCUUUUGUUGAUAUCU